CGCGCUAAACUACUGAAGCAUAUUUGUCUUACGGGACGGGACUAGUCACAGUCAGUCAACAUCUUGCAGGAAUACUUUUGUCCAUUCUUGAAAAUAUGUCGUUUGUUUAUGGCAUUUAAAUCCUCACAAUUACUUUGGAAGACGCGCUCUGAAGUUACCUGUGGAGAACUGGCGCGCCGGACUUAAAGACACUCAGGGAUGUGAGGAGAACGAGGUCCAGGGAUGCUACCCACUCCUGUCUGCUCUACUCAUGUGUUCAGUCAUUUCACUCAGUUGGACCGAUAUCUGAGCCAACACGGUAAUACGCCGGAAGAGGACGAUGAGACCAUGAGCACACAACACCCGCCCACAGAUCCCCCCACCCACAACUCAGACCUUCAGGGUCCAGAGUCUGCUCAGGCCCUGUUCAGAAGAUUAGACCAGGACCCCGGACACUCUGAGGUGGCCCAGCAUAGCCACUUUAGCCCCUAUGCUCCCAUCCAUGGUGGUCCUACGCCUUUCCACAGCCAGGCAGAUGAGUCCUGGACCCAAAGUCACAGUGCCACAAGCUGCUGCUGCUACUCGGGACCCCCCCACCACCAGCACCACAGCAGCCUGCCCCCCCGCCUGAGCCUCAAAGAGCACCCGUCGUUUUCAGAGGAGAGCUGCCUGUCCUCCUGCCACAAGUCCCUUAGCUCACUCCCCAGUGCCCACAGCAGCGUCAUGUGGAGCCUGGAGCAGCCCCUCUCUCUCCACUCCCUCCCCCCUUCGUCUGAGUUUAGACACCACACACUGUUGCCAUAUUCCUGCUUACCACAGGAGGUGCCAUGCUGUGCCCAGUGCCCCCCAGAACAGUUCAACAGAGGGGCAACAGUCAACAAACCUGCAUGGCCUCAGUACCACCCAGGACCCGGCCGAUUUAUCCUGGUGAUUUCCGCCACCCUGCUCCCGCUUACACACAAAUUGGAAGCAAUUUUCAGGCCAAAGAGAAAACAUCUUCGUUGAGUGCACCACUGUCACUGGAGCAGCGAAGAGUCUUUGUGACCUACGAGGCCGACAGUGACAAACAUGUCAACGAGGUCAUCAGCUUUGUGGCUCUGCUGCGGCACAACGGCUUCGAUACUCAUAUUGACAUUUUUGAGCAGCAGUUCAGGAGCAUAAGCAAAAUUGACUUCAUGGAACGGUAUCUCAGUGAGAAAGAAUACCUGAUCAUCAUCAUCAUCAGCCCGAAGUACUACAGCACAGUGACGGCUCCCCCUAUGGGUCAUGAGCAAGAUGAGCGCACAAUCAAUACAGUAUACAUCCACAAACAGCUACAAAAUGAAUUCAUCCAGAAUGGGAGCAAGAAUUUCCGCUUCAUUCCAAUUUUGUUUCCUGGAGCUAAAAGGUGUCACGUCCCAGCAUGGCUUCAAAACACGAAUGUUUACUCUUGGCCCCGAGAUCGCGAUGACAUCCUGCGAAGGCUCAUGAGAGUGGAGAAGUACAACCCUCCUCCAAUCGGAGAUCUUCCCACUAUUGUCUCUAUCCCCAUUUAGACAGUUUUGGACUAUCCGCAUUAUGUUUUGGAUUCUUCUGAUUUGGCACAUUUUUGGGGUGAGGAACUUCUGUUGUCACCACCAUCGAGGACUUCAGCUGUAAUGGGAAAAGUAAACUGCUAUAUACAGUAUUGAGCUACUCACCUGUGUUCAGAAUGGGCAGUUUGGGGGAAUUUUACUUAUCCUGGAUACUAGCACAAUGUAACAAUGCAUUUAAUGUCAAUUGAUUAAUUGAGUAAAUGCAAAAAAUGUCUUGGUCUGGAAACUUGAAACAUGUGAAAGUCUUGCUACCUGUGGUUUAUCAGUACUGUGUGUUGUGGUGCAUUCAAUUUAGCUUUACCUUUAAUAAAUAUAUACAAUUAAUUUUUCAA